UUCGAUGAGACACGGUAGAUUGUCCAGCGGCUCGCGCGCCCACUGAAUUCACGAAUUCAGCGAAACCUCGUCCCGCUUCGCUUAUUAACGCUUGUUGUCCGAUCCGGCUCCGCCCCCAUCCCAGGGGCAGAGCUAGAGCCGGUCGCUCGUACUCAAACUCGUCGGCGCGGUUAGUGUUGCCAUUACCAAACGAGUCCACGUCCACCAUUCGAGCUAAUUUAUCUGAGAAAGACCACUUUACCGAUAGAUCUACAAUGGAGAGAUGGGCUGGACGAGUUGCCUUGGUAACAGGAGCAUCUGUUGGUAUUGGAGCAGCAAUUACUAGAGCCCUUGUAAGACAUGGGAUGAUUGUUGUCGCCUGUGCUCGUGGAGUGGAAAAAAUACAGGCGAUAAAAUGUGAGCUUGAAGCGGAGUCUGCACCUGGUAAAGUUCAUCCAAUCCAGUGCGAUCUUACCAAGAAAGAUCAGAUAGCAGCCAUGUUUGAAGAGAUCAAGAAGGAGUUUAAAGUAGUCCAUGUCUGUAUUAAUAACGCCGGUCUAUCCUUUGGUGCCCAUCUUGUGAAGGGAAAUCCAGAAGAUUGGCAAGAAGCACUGGAUGUAAAUGUCAUGGCUCUGUGUAUUUGCACUAAAAAUUCAAUCAAACUAAUGCUGGACAAUAAAGUAAAUGAUGGACAGAUUAUACAUCUGAAUAGCAUGUCUGGUCACAGAGUGGUAGGAGAUGCUUUUUACUGUGGAACCAAGUACAUGGUGACAGCUUUGACGGAAGGUUUGAGAACUGAAUUGAGAGCUAUGAAAACCAACAUCAGAGUCUGCGGUAUUUCACCAGGCGUGGUUGAGACAGAAUUUGCACCAAGGAAAGCACGUCAGGAUCCUGAAGAAUGCACAUUUUAUAAGAAAAAUCCUAGUAUCAAAGCAGAAGAUAUCGCCAAUCAGGUCAUUCACAUUCUUCAGCAGCCUCCUUAUGUUCAGAUUCAUGAUAUAUUGCUUCGACCAACUGAGCAAGUGAAGUAGAAGAUUCAUAUCCUACAGCAUUCAGAUAGCAAGAUAAAUGGUAGAUUUAGACCAGUUAAGGCUUCAUCCACUACUACCUAAUAUCAUCAUACCAAAAUUUAUUAUUUUUUAAUUAUUAUUGUCUUUUUCUUUGGUUAAUUAAUGAAAAAUGUCCAAAGAAAUCUAAACUUGUGCCAGUAUUAUAAUACAUAUGUAUAUUCCAUUUUAUUUUGUACAUGUAUAUCAAUUAUUAAUUAACCAGCUUUUGAAACAAGUAAAUUGCAAAAUAUUUAUAGGAACAAUACAUUAAAACAUGAUAUAAAGUAAAACAAGAAUGGUUAGGGAGCCUUUGGAGAAGCAACAUUUUGUAGGGGUCUCUGCAGGUAAACAAGUAUAGAAUUUAACAAAAGAAUCAAACUUAUUUCUGUGAGUAAAUUUAUGUAAUAUACUGUAUAAGCUGUUAAUUUCGCGUACAGAAUUUUUCGUGAAUCCCAGGGUCCCAACAUUACCCAGUUUUUAUGUGUAUAAUCUUAUGAAUCACCGCUUUUUAACACAGAAGGAUGUCACUGAUCUGAGGCGGGUGAAAGGCACAAUAAAGCUUAUAUUUUGAAGCCUGAUUAUUGGAGCUAUUCUCAAUCAAAAUACUCCACUAGGAAGCAGUGAAAAUGCAUAAAACUUGCAUUGAUCAGUUUUGCAGUUUAUAAUUUUUCAAUUGAUAUAUGACUUGUCAAUUUCACUUUUAGACCCAUUCGGGGUCUUCAAUAUUUUCUGCAAUGGAAUGAUUCUUUAAUUCUCCAUUUAUAUGCACUUAAUAUACAUCUUGCAUGCAAAUUUGUGGAAAAUUUUUGGCAGUUAUUAAUAAAUAGUUGUGCUUAAGAAGUACUAAAAUUAUGAAGAAGUGCUGAAGAAAGAAGUUAGUACUUUAACACAGUCCACUGAGGUGAAAUUAAUCAUGUCUGUAAAACAUCGGGGGGAGAGGGUCUAUCAUAAAAUAUUUACAUUUCAAUUUGAUAAUUGUAAAAUUAUGUUUUCAAUUUUUUUAUCUACUUCAAAUGUGAUUAAAUGUUACUAUGUCAGGUGUAUGAUAAUUGUAAAUUUGAAAUCGAAAUUGAAAGUGGAAAAUAAAACAAUUUAAUUGAAUUGAAAAUGAUCAAAAUUGAAAUUCUAAUAUUUACAAUUGACGGUUACCUUCUGUACUCAUGUUGGCAUUUAGAGCUAUGCUCAAUUAAACAAUUGUAUCUUUUAUAUUACAGGGUAUUACAGGGUCUAGGGGGUGUUUCACAAUGAUUUACAUUGUAGGUGUGACUUGGAUUCAUACUUAAAUUCAUAGUAGUGUGCAGAAUGCAUCACCACAUUGGUUAGAUCAUGCGCACGGGACGUGCACUACCGCAUAUCCAUCAAUCAGAUUAUGUGUUAAAUUAAAUGUGCACAUUGGCGUUUUUUGCAUUUUAGCAUGAUUCUAUUAAAGUCACAAAAAGGGUAAGUUCACCCUGACGAGAAAAAAAUGAUAUGUAGGACAGCAGCUCGAAUAUGACGUCACAAAUCAACUAAUUAAAAUUCUAAUUUUUUGAUAGAAUUUCCUCAAACCUUUGCCAUUACUUUUUUAUUAUUUUGUCAGGGUGAACUUCCCCUUUAGCUCUUUGUGAAACACUCCCAGGUAUUAUAUUUUUCUGUAGUGAGAACUUACGGUAACGGCCUUGCCCUUAUCUGUAAUCAGAAUUUAAUUAUCAUUUGCCAUGGAAAUACUAAACAUGUAAUUGAAAGUGGAAACACAAUAAAAAUGACAUUUACAUGGAAUGAAUAUAUGAAAUUUCUAUGUCAGUGAUGAGAUGCUGAUAUGUUCCUGUAUGAGGCAUUCUGGAGAUGAUAUAAAUGCGUAUUUUGUCUGCCUAAUUGAUGUCUUCCCGAGAUUUGUUUCAUUUUUUAAAUAAAUUUAUUUUUUCUCGAAUAUUAA